GGUCAAAUUUGUCAGUAGUAGGCACAUUGAAAAAGCGUAGAAUUUUUGUAUUUAAUUAGUUUUAUUAUUCAUUUUGCAUUAUUUAAAUUAACCGAUUUGCUGCAUUGUUAGUGCUGCUUCUAUAAUGGAGCUACAUAUUUGAAGGAGCUGCUAUAUUCUAUGGAAUACACUUGCAUACAAAAGAGGCCAACCAAAAGUUGACAGAAUUAGCUGUUGAGAAGUAUGUAUAGAAAUGAAGAGAGACGGUAGCAACCGUAACGGCUCGGAGCGGGGCUCGGACAGGCCGGGGGACAAGGACAGUGACCCCCUGAUUGUCUCGUCCACUAUAUCUGAGGAGCCCAAGCCAUUGUGUGGACUGUGCCCGAUGUUCCCGUCGUGCAUGUCUCUGCUGUCGCGGCGCGCGGAGCAGCAGGCCCCGCGGCCCGGGCAGACCGCCGUCGUCCUCAAUGUGUACGACAUGUAUUGGACCAACUGGUACACGGCCGGAGCUGGGGUGGGCGUAUUCCACAGUGGUGUCCAAGUGCACGGUUCAGAAUGGGCGUACGGCGGGCACCCUUACGCCUUUACCGGCGUGUUCGAGAUCACGCCGCGCGACGAGAGGGAGCUCGGCGAACAGUUCCGGUUCCGGCAAAGUGUGCACAUAGGAUAUACAAGUUUCAGCGAAGAAGAGGUCAGAAGACUUGUGACGGAGCUAGGGAAACAAUUUCGAGGUGACAGAUACCACCUCAUGAACAAUAAUUGUAAUCAUUUCACAUCGGCGUUCUGUUUGGCGCUAUGCGACAAGCCGAUCCCGGCGUGGGUGAACAGGCUGGCGUAUGUGAGCUCGUGCGUCCCUUUCCUGCAGCGGUGCCUGCCCAAAGAGUGGCUGACUCCGGCCGCUCUGCAGCAUUCGCUGGCCGCGCAUUCGCGUUCCUCAUCACCCAACACGCCGCAAUAGCACAUGGCGUGGUGCGCGGCGAACGCGGAUCGGGGCUAGCACACCCCAUCGCGUUGUCAGAGGCAUCGUACGUUACUGUUGACUCAUCCCCAUGUUGUUAGUACUAGAUUUAUACGAGUAUACUGUAGCCCAAUCACCGCUAGUAAACGUGAAAUAAAAUAAAAUAAACUGCGUCAAAUGAGU